AAGUAGAAAAAUGAAGUUGUGUAUGCUCUAUGAUGAUCCGCCGCGGGCUUAGGCCUUUUCCCCGAUGAGCAGUGUUUUGUAUGCGAUGUCGCAUGUCUGGACUUGUUCAGUGUUGCAAUUUUUACCCUUCGUUAAUAUCUUGUUGUUGUUGUCGUCUUGUGUUAGACGUUGAGCUUCGUAGCGAUGUGCGGUAACGCUACGAUUAUUCCUGAGCGCUCCGUGUGUUUAAUGCGUUGUCCUCUUUGCGUGCAUGCGUGUGCUUUUUUUUCUCCUGAUUUGUGACGUCCUCGUGGCAUGUCUGGACUUGUUUAGCAGUGUUGCAGUUCUUCCCGCUGCUAGUAUCUUGUUGGUGUCAUGUUGUGCUAGCCGCGUGGCGAUGUGUGGUGACCUGAGGUCUUAAGCCUUUUCCCUGCUCACCUAAGGAAAUUUGUGUAUCCCUGUCCUGUGCUUUCUUUACGCAAGGGUAAUGCGACUGUGUAUGUGGCAUUAUGCAAGAAUUAUCUGGUGGCAGAAAUAGGUGUAUUUUUCUCAGUGUAUUGGCGUGCGCUACGGUUUCUUGCAGUUACAGCUAUUGGAGCACACAUACGUGUAAUUUUUCGCGGUUCUUUUCUCCUUUCACGGCUUUUACUCAGAAUGUAGAUGAGGGGAAACAGUCAGCAUCCAGGUAGAGCAGGAGAAAGCCGCUCGGCAGAGGAGAGAGUUCAUGAGAAUGGAAUUUGUUUGUUUUUUGUUAUAUGUUGAGUGUUAGUAUUCGCUUUCCUCGAUAUGUUGAGGAAGUCAGCCGUUAUAGGUAUUUGUGCAGAAAUGCUGGUAUCUGAGUGUGUGGAGUAGAAAUUCCUAUAAAGCACCUCUCCUUGUGCAUUCCUGAGCUGCUGUGUGCGCGCGCGUGCUUCUUUUUCCUGGAUUGCGACGUCAUGAUGGCAUGUUGGGGCUUGUUUAGCAGUGUUGCAAUUUUACCCGCCGCUAUUAUCUUGUUAUCUUGUGUUAGCCGCGUAGCGAUGUCCAGUGACUCUGCUAUUAUUCCUGAGGUCUUAAGCCUUUUCCCUGCUCACCUAAGGAAAUUUGUGUAUCCCUGUCCUGUGCUUUCUUUGCGACAAUGCGUCUGUGUAUGUGGCACUAUCAGAUACCAGACAUGAGUGUCUUUUUCUUGGUUUAUUGGCAUAUGCUUCAGUUUUUUUUAAAGUCAAGCACAAGUGCGCGCAAUUUUUCGCUGCUCUCUUCCUCAGAUCACCGAUUUUACGAAGAAGACAGUCGCAUGGUACAGCUGAGAAGAGGGUUUCUCUGAUUGUUUGUUUGAUUUUGUUGGGUGUUCGAUAUGUUGAGGAAGUCAGCUGUUAAAGGUAUCCGUGAAGAAAUGCUUGCACCUGAGCGCAAGAUAGGAAUUCCUGAAGCACGACACCCUCAGUGUAAAUUAAUUAUGUUGGAUAUGAGUCUGCUUCCCUGCAUGACAAGGCUGAAAUGGGAAGAGAGAAAAAAUUGGAGCGCUUCAUUAGUAGCGAUCCAAGUAAUAGGGCAAUUAUAGUUUUCAUAGAAAGUUGGGUUCCUAAAAUUAUAGUUUAGUUGUAGUUUUUCUAAACUGCAAUGCAAUAAUCAUUAAUAUAGUAUAGGAAUGCUAUCGUGUUCCCGUAAAGGCGUUCUGUCUUGUGCUUUGGAAUGCGCGAAUAGAACUUUGCUCGCAGCCUUUCCCGCCUUUAUGCUCGCAAUGCACGAAUGGAACUUUGCCCACCCGGCUUCCGCGCCUUUUUUGCUCGCAGGUGUAGCCUCAGACAACGAAUGUAUGAGCAUAGAAAGGGUCACGUAUUACAUAAGCCUGGAGGUGAUGUUGAGUGGUCUCACUUAUUAUUUUAAAAGAGCAGUGGCAGUUUACUGUAAUUCUAAUGACCAUGAUGAGCCUUUGGGGUGAAAAUCGUUAAUAUGCGGGGUGCUUUUUUGUUGAAUUUUAAUGAGAGAAUCAAUGUCAUUAAGAGUAGGACAAAGGAAAUAAUCUUGCGAUUCAAUAAUUAAUAGGAGUCUUUGCCGCUGUCUUCUUCUUCAGACAGGAUGUGAUGACGUCACGCAGUCUGUAGCAAUGCAUUGACCGUCACUGGAAAAAAGUGUGGCAAUAGAAAAAUAGUGUGUAUUGCCCUGGACGGAUUUAUGAUGUGCACUGUUUUUGAACAAGAGGAGUGCGUGUGCUUGGAAAUAGUUUGAUGCUGGUUUCCUUCUUUGUUUCUUUUCGCUUUUUCCCCCUUGUUGUCUGACAAACAUGCGCUGACAUGCCUGGGCUUGUUCUGACAUGCUUUCCUUCUACAUGUAGUUUUUUUCUUUUUGUACAAGGCAUAUUCUUGACGAUAGUGCUGCCUUGAAUGGGAGUAGAGCUAUUCUUAAUAAUUUUGCGAUUCAUUUAGUUCAGAGAGUAACCGCGAGGGGGACAGGUGUGUGACUUUAUGUCUUGCUGAACCAUUUUUUUUUCCUGUACAGUAAGACUUUGGGAAUGAAAUGCUGCAAUCUCCUCUUGUCUAUGGUGCUCUUCUGCAAUAGUUUCCUACGCAAUCGUUAUAGAAGAAUAAAUGAAAUAAUCUUGGGAUAGUGAUUCAAUAAAUAACAGGUGCCCUGUCUAGAGCGUACGCGUCCUUGAGCCACGCACCUGCAUGAUGACCGCAUACCGAGAGACUAUUGUUUCAGGUUGACCUUGUCUAGAGGAGCAUUAGUGGAAAAAAACUGUGUAGCCCUGAGACAAUAGGAUGACGUUACGACCAAUGAGAACGGCCUGCAGGGGGCGCAAGGAUUCACUUCUCUCUUGGACACUGACGGGUCUCGACACGCAAAUUCUGCUCCUGGCGUUGGCCGUCAGUGGAAGAGCGUAGCUUCGGUGGGGUUCUGUCUGCCUCUGAUGGGGUGCGGAUGUGUGGUUCGUCACUGGUGAAUGGUGUUCGACGAUGCAGGUGGAUUUUGUGACGAGCGGAUUUACAAUGAGGGAAUGCUGUGAACGGGAAAAAUGAUGAGCUGUCCUAACCUGCCCAGACAUGCCAUGAUGACGUCACAGCUGACGUCACAGGAUGUGCGGAACUGGUGCUGCGAUGCUUUGCAACCUGCCUCAGUGCUCCGUCGCCCAGCGGCCUUUCCGGGCCGCUUUCCUCAAGACGAUGUCGUUGAUCUUCAACUAAACUCCUUCUCUCCACUCUAUCUCUAUCUUUUUAUUUUAUUUUCUAUCUGUUUUUUUAUUUUUUAUCAGCUCAAGUAGCCGGAAACUCACAUCUUCGUCUGGACGUAUCUUAGAUGAUCCCCAAUUAGUGUAAUGACUCUCUGGUGGGUCCUGAUUAAUGUGGGGGGUCCCAAUUAGCUCUAAUUGCUAAUUAAUGGCGUCCAGGCGAAGAUGUCAGUUUCCGGAUACUUGAGCUGAUACAUUACUACUGUUAACUACAGUAGUUAGGUUACUGAAGACGCCAACUACUUCCGAUUUUGCAGCAAGCUUUACGACACGAGUGUGCUUCCGACUUUUACCUUGUGCUACUUGUUUGAUGAGAACGGAGGUGCAGAGGAAUUGUGUCGUGCAUGUGUACUAACUUUUAAUGCUUGUCUAGUGAAGCCUCAUUUGCUGUGAAAUAAUUCUGCAACUUAGUUUAUCGCGUAGGCACAGAAAGAAUCCCACCCCAAGCUUUGUAGUUGACGAUCGUAGCAAUAGCUUGAGCCAAAGUUUAACAUUGCUUGUGAUUCAUAUUUAGGUGUGCAAGAACAAUACAAGGGAUUGGGGUUGAUAGACAACGUUAAGUGGUUAUAGAUGUAGUUAAACUACAUUGCAGUAGUUAAAGAAGUUGUUUUAACUACUCCCCUGAAAAGUAGUUGAACUACUAGUUAAACUACUCAAUCGCAAAGUAUUUAGUAGUUGUAGUUAAACUACUGUAGAAGUAGUUAGUGGCCCUCAUUGGCAGUACGUGGCACGAACAGAUAUGAAGCAGUGCAAACAUCACAGAGAAACGAAAACAUGUUAUACAUCGUACAAGCAACCCCUAUCAGCGUGACGUCACUAAGGGGAUGCGGGAGUACGGUCCGCAAGGGGUGUCGCGCCGCACCAGUAUAGCCGGCAAUGGUACGUACUUCCUUUCUGUGGCGCGAUCACGAAAAAACAAUGUCUCUAAGUUCGGUUUGGAAGCCAGGUCAAAAUUUACGAUGCAACGAUAUUAUGCCGAAUUUCAUGAUGCGAUAGCUCGGUGAGUAAUAAACCGAUAUCAACCAACCAGCUAAAUCCCGACAGAGAUCUACCUUCCGGUGUUGCGGAAGGCACGUUACCCUGGGAGGACCGUGCCUCCUGGGCUAAGUUCAUAGGGAACCUUACCGACAGCUGAGGAGAAUCCAGCGUAAACACCCAAGGCAUCCGGGUCACCCCCCAGUUUCGAUGAUCUUAGCCACUAAGCCACCGUAGCAAGGUAAAUUCGGCGAAUCGGGAAUGAACAUGCCGGUCAUUCGGCCGGUUGGUACAGCACAUUUGGAGUUCAAAGGAUUAAGGCUGUCUCCCGGCCUUCAAUGCAUUCGGCGAGUUGCGAUUCGGCAGAUUGGGAAGACACCGCGUAUCCCAGCUAACUGCGAACAGAUUUUUUGAAUAUAUAUAUAUAUACAAAUCAUGGAGGAGAGAAGAAAAGGAGGCGCCCCAAUGGUUCUUCGACGGAAGAGAGAAGCGUGGGGCAAGUGGCGUGAGGAUAGGAGGUAGCUGUAGCUUCUUCGGAGCCACGCGAGGUCACGUCAAGGGGAUGAAACUCGCGAGUUCACUUGCGGACUAAAGUUAGGCGCUGCGAGCUUUUCACGUCAUCGAACGUCAUGAAACGUCAGAAUUUUUACGUCGAAGCGCGAGUUCUCAACCGUCACGAGCCCAUUGGCUCCUGAGGCCGCUCCCCCGGUAUGCGAGCGCUGAUUGGUUGGUUUCAAAUUAUGAACUUUCCUUGGCGCGCUCAAGCCGGCGACACCGUGUCGGCGGUGCCGGAGCAACCGAGCAGCUCUCCGCAAAGUUUCGAAAUGUGUUGGAUGCAGCAGGGACGCAAGCAAAGCAUCUAUGCCGGUACCGCUUUGGGUGGUUUUUAGUGUCCUUCCCUAACAUGUUGUCGAUACAGACUCUGAAAAGCGCGGUGCCUCAUGGAUACUUCUGCAAGUCAAUUCAGUGAUAGAUAAGUGUGCAGGUGUGCUUCGCUUGCUUUGGUGCGACAACGAUUCAAGAAGGACACGAAUACUGCGUUUUUCCGCUACCCACUCGAUGACAGGUAUAAGCACUCAACCGAUAUCUGCUUCAGAAUAGCAUCUGCAUGGAUACAGUAGAAUGGAUAAGCCACCCAGAGUGAUUGGAGCAUCAUCUUUCGACAUAGUAGCUGCUCAAGUUCCUUUGUGGCGGGUCAACCAGGCGCCUACAGAAGCAGCAAAGGGAUAUGGACAUGUUCUCUGUCAUGCCGGAUCUCUGAAUGUGUGUGCCUGUUCAGCCAAUAUACUGUUGUUCUACUGUGAAAUCUUCCACGUGAGACAUCAGCAUCAGUGAAUGCAAAGUUGCUUCGGCAUAUCAUUCGAACUUCAGAAACAAUGUUCAUAUCAUGUUCGUGUUUUGCACAGCUACAGCAGGCUGCAGUUUGUGAUUUGGAAAUAUCUAUCUCGAAAAAUAAAGCAGUUUGUGUAACAGAAACAGCCAACGCUUCCGCAUUUUGUUAUUUAUUUCACUCGACGCGAACGAAAAUCCAGAACCGCCAAAGCGGAGGAGAGGGUAGAGAACAGAUGAGAGAGGGAAAGGGGAAAGGCACCGCCAGCGUCAUAGGUCACCCAGGGAGACAGAAAAAAGCAAAGCAAAAAAUCUAGGGAUAAACUGAUGUUCUGAGGCUGGAACGACAUAGAAGGGAAAAAAUCUACUCAACCGUCGUCCAACGAUUGGCCCAACGCUAGAGGUCACGUGAGUUUUUCCCGACAAUAGAAAUAUACUACACGUUCAUCCCCCUGGUCACGUUACCUGAAUAGCCCAAUGAGGUCGCUUUGCACACGCCACUUCGGUGACUUCGGCUACCACCACACCUCUCCAAGUAUUCCAAAACUAUGCGUUGGGGGCUCCCAUAGAAAUGUAUGUAACCGAAACCGGAAGGCGAGCGGUGAUGUCACUGGAGUGGCCCCCAAUCUCAGCUUCACUUCUCAAAGCAACAGGGCUCCUCCUCUCUUUCCUUCCCCCAUGAUACAAAUAGAGAAAUGAGCGGAUGCUCCAUGGCUGCACGUGAGGUAUGUGUUUACAAGUCAAGCGUGCCACAUCCCAGCUGUGGCGUGCACGCUCUAUGGUCGGCACGUCGGUCUGUAUUAGCGCUACGAAGCAACUGUAGCUAUGAGCGGCGUACAGAGGUGGACAGAUGGAGAGAGGGCAGCAGGAAGGAGUGGGGGACAGAGGGGUUAGGGUGCGUCCUGGGACGACUUCAGGGGGAACUGCGCCAACAUUCGUCUGGAAAGUGUACCGGUAUACCCAGGGAAAACCUCAGACAGCACAGCCAAUGGUACGAUUCGAGCCCACCACCUCCCAUAGUCUUUAGCACGGCCUUGGCUACCAAAAGCGAUCAGAUGCUUUUACCCACUCGGCUAUGCCACUGGUGCGCAAGCCUUCAAUAGGACCUUUCUCAUCGCUCAUCUUAGAUAAACUGGCAUGCGAUCACCCAGUGGCGGACGACCGGCACCGAGUAAUCGCAGCGAGUCCGCAGUCAGCUCCAGCCCUGACCUACAGCUGAUUGGCGAUGAUUGUCUGCGGUACUUGAAAAAAAAAAAAAAAAAGAAAAGAAGAAGAAAAAAGACUGUACGAAAAGCAAAAAAUGUGUUCGCGCCCCUCGUAUUUGUAUUGAUUCGCAGGUUCACCACCGGAACCAGGCACGGCGAGAGAAAUUACGUGCCCCAGGGAUGGGUCAUGCCCGGGCCCCCUUCUCACGUCUCGAUAAUAUAGCCUAAGUAUUUCUUCUUUGUACGAUUACGACGGGCUUUGGGUAGUGCGGGCCCCGCGGCGCCACUCCGGCAGUGCACCCAACGCAAUGCCUUGGUAGCUUGGUAGGCACGUGUCCCAGCUUUUCUAGAACACGUUGCAUUGACAUCUCUUACGGCAGUAUUUUAGCUCUGAUCAAUGGGGCUUUGGUCGUUUAAACUAGUUAAACUAACACAUGCACGGCGACAUUUCCAUUUUAAAAUUCGCGCUUCCGGCCACAUAGCGGAAGGCAGUCGAAGGUUGAAGUGCUGGAGUGCGCAUGCCAAUCCAAUCCAAGUCUAACGGUAGAUGGUGAAUUUGGUGCAAUUUUAGUGGUCACAGUAUGUUUUUGUUCGUUUGUUCACGUUGCUUUCUCAGCACUGAUUAGGUGUUAUAAGCAUGUGAGUGAUGAGUUCAGGACGCACUUUUCUAAACUAUGAAACAGUCGACAGGUGCAUGGACGCCAGUGUCAACAAACAAAUUUUGCUGCAAUGUUCCAAGUUGCUUGUCUCGAGAUGGCCUUCCAAAGCCCUUUUCAACUCGAAAACUUUUGAUGCAGCACCACAUCAAGGUGCAUGCUGAAAAGAAGUUCCCUUGCCAAAAGUGUGGGAAAGGAUUUGGAGCAGGAUGGCUACUAAAGCAUCAUGAGUCAACCUGUGGGAUGUCAUGGGCCUGUUCAUGUGGAAUCACCUACUACAACAGGGAAGCCCUCCUGACCCAUGCUAGACGACACCGACACACCUUGCCUUUCAAGUUAAAAAGGGGCGACACCUGCAGGCAGAAACAUGCAUGUCAUCAAGUAGUACAGCAAGUGGUAGUCCCAGUUCCUACGCCUGUGAUAAUCAUUGUCCAGAACCAAACCCCUGAAAAGCUUCUGAAACCAAAAGACGUCACAAGCAAGACACACCCAUGGCGGAAUAUAAUUCCAAAGGGUCAGAAUUAUCCUUCCACUGUCCCAUCAGUCCCAGAGACAAUUCCAGUGGAUCAUCAUGGUUCUGCAAAGGUUCAUCAAAGUUGUCAAACUUAUGUGUCAUGUAGACAUAGAAGAACAAAGGAUUCCUCUAUUCAGGCGUCAGGAAGGAACGAUGGAAAGAAAGAUGCUUCAGAGCAUGCUGAUCUUCCACCAAAAGUAUCGAGAAGGUCAAAACCUGCAAGGUUAGCUGUACAAACGCAAACAUGUAAAAAUGACAUCAAUAGCAAAGAACCACACAACUCUACUGGUGUACAGAAAGCUGGAGGAUGCAGCACACACACUCAGACUGUUGAAAGCACAGUCUCUAAGGUGAAGAGGACAACAAAGCCAAGACGCUGCCCAUCAAAGGAAGCCCUAGCCAAAUCUGAUAAAGAAAUCACUUCAAGCCAACUGUGGAAUGACAUUGACACGCUGUUUUUCAACAGUCCGUCUUCUUCGCUAAGAGACUGGAAUGACUACAUGCCCAGGAGCACAUCAGCAACACAAACUUUAGAGCAAGACAGAUUUUUUGAUGACUUGUGUAAUUCCUAUGGUUCGUUCCAGUCCACGAGGGAAAUAGAGCCUCCAUUUUCAAGUGCUAUGUUAGGAGGCAAAAGUGAGCAGCACAGUGAUCGGCCAUUUCCUCUGAAAAGUAGUUUACUCGCCAAGGAAAAGGAAAGUAUGCUUCAGGCACUCUCUCCUGUGUCAGCACCAAGCCUAAGUUUAGAGGAAACAUUAGAAGAAGUUAGCAACAUUUUAUCGUCACAAACACAAACUGAUGACAUUCUUGAUAGCUUGCUGAUGUCCAAUGUUCAACAGUCGGGAGCACAGACAGAUUUUCCACUCUUUUCACACAAUGAGACACAAACAAAUGAUGUGUUUUUUGAGUGUUCAAACAUGUUUCAUAUGGAAACCCAGACAUCGGAACUCUUGUUUUCUGAUUUGGAGAGUGUGGAUAUUGAAACUCAAACUCCAUGGACAACAGAAUUUGAUUUUAAUGUGAGUCAUCUUGCACCUGAUGUUUUGCCACAGCAGAGAAAGAGAAGAGAUGCAGAAUCUCAGAUUGAGCGUUGUCAGUUAAAUGCAGCAUGGCUCAAUUCCCGCAGUGGCAAAAAGGAUUGCAUUAACAUGGAAACUCAGACAGGGGCAUCACCGUGAACGUCCAGCUUAGUUCAUUACUAUUCAAUAGGCAUUCACUAUGAGGUCAGUGAAGAAUGCACUUCCUCCUCCUGUGCAAUGUGUAAAUAUACAAGCCUUAAAAUUUCAGGUGGUGCCAGGUGUGUUAUUUCGUGUGUGAUGAUACCACACCAUAAUUCAUAUCAUGGGUGUGUGAAUAAAUCAUUUAAAUCAAUUUGGCCAACGAAGCACCUGUGAAACGUGCUUUACCAAUUCAAGUAAUUCAGGGAAAAGGUGCUGAGGCCAGGGACUGAAACCAGAACAGAACCGAAAACCACUUGGAACCCAUUUUUUUUCAAGAACCGUAACCGGAACAUAACUGCAAUUCACCAUCAGCAGUUAACCGAAACCAUAACCUGAACCGAAAAAUGUGAUUACAGUUAAUAUGAAUCUGUUCAAGCGUGAACGCGAACAACUUUGGAUGAGAUAUUUGAAUCGCUUUACAACUCUCAUUAGUGAUGUAGUACGUGCUUCUGUUAAAGUAGAUCUCUUCAUCAUGCGUUUUUCAUUAAGAAGUUGCGUAGACAACAUACCAUCUUAUGCACUUGGACCCAUAAUCGGGUGACGUAUGCAUCAUAUAACAUGUAUUGCGUACGUCCCUUAUGAGUUAUGACUGUAUUAUUGAGAUCAUUGAAUGUACCAAGUGUUGCAUGUUGUUUGUUUCCACAUCUGUUUGCUUAACUGCUGAACGCACACAGUUUUUCUUGCCUGGUAGCUUGUUACAGCACAAGCGAAAUGAAUGUAUGUGAGAUAAUAGAGAUCGCGACAAAUUAUUUUACGGGGAAUGUCGCAAACGGCCAAAGUGCCUCCAAGAAAGAGUUCACUCUUUCUUCAACCUGGCAGAUGGCACUGCACCACCCUUUCAGAGCGCAACAGAUAAAUGUGUUCAUUUUUACCUGUUUGCACUUAGUAGCUCACUUUGCGACAUCCACGUAGCCUGUAGAUACAUAUAUCCUAGAGAAAACCGAAAAAAAUACCGGCUCAACCGUUUGGUUACCGGUAACCACAAAUAUUAAAAUGGCGAAUCCCGUAACCAUAACUGUCAGAGUUGACACUGAACCGUAACCGAACCGAUAUUCGUUUCGGUUUCAGUCCCUGGCUGAUACCAGGAAUCAAACUUCCGGUCUGAUAUGCUACCGUUACACCAAGACUUUCCCUUGAGUUAGAGUGCCUCAAGUACAAGGGGGACUGACAACCAAUCACACUAUUCCCAUUCUCUCUUACAUCUUUCUCACUCAUUCAGACACGAGGCAGGGUGAUUUGUGUAAAUGACGUAAACAACGAGAAUUAGCCGAUUCCUGGCAUCAGCACCUUUUCCCUAAAUUACUUUAAUUCAUUAAUUUCUGGGCAUUGGAAGCUUACAUGUUUGUGUCGUCCAUAUUUGUGGCCUGCCUCGGCUAAUUCUCGUUGUUUAAGCAUGCUUUAGUCAUGAAUUACUGUGUGUUUGCGUGCUUGUUAAGUAAAAUAAAAUUGAGAUGAAUCCA